AUGACGGACUACGAAUCACUACAUAACCCGGGUACACCACGUUAUGCUCUACUGUCAGAUCGAGUAACGUCGUUUGAAAAUGCUCCCGAACACUUGCAGAACCUAUUACCUACCAUUGCAGAAGCGGGAUACUUUUACAAAGGGUACGGGGAUAACACGUGCUGUUUUUAUUGCAACUUUGGACUUCACCAUUGGGGAGCUGUCGACAAUCCUUGGAUACAACAUGCUUAUUGGUAUCCUCACUGUCCUUACCUGAAGUGUAAUAAGGGUAAACAAUGGUUGAAACAUGAAUUUACCAUGGUGGUGGCUGGACCCUCUAAAUCGGGUAAAACAGAAUUUGUCAAGCAACUGGUGCAAAAUACACAGUGGAUUGCACCGCCUCCCGAAAAGAUAGUAUGGUGUUAUCGAGAAUGGCAGUCCGCGUACGAAUCCUUACAGGACAAGGUCACUUUUAUCCGCAAUAUACCUCAAGACGAUGAGCAGAUAGUGGCGGAUCUCACCUAUGAGGACGCCACCCGUGUACCUCACGGGUAUUUACUAGUGGACUUGAGUCCUCAGACGUCGGACGAUUUAAGAUUAAGAAGUCAACUCUUUACCAACUUGGCUGUGCACAUGCCCCCGAGAGUAUAA